AUGUCCUUCCGGGAUCCCGAUCAGUGGUUUUGCGCGAUACGGGAACGCAAUUUAGAGGCUAUCAAGGCGAAUGCCGAGCGAUUUGCAGGAGCCCGUGGGCCUCAUGGAGAGACGGGACUAAUGCUGGCGGCAAAACUGAAUAUUCCAGAAGUUGUCUUUUUCUUAGCCCCUCGUGAAAAAGGGUGCUACAAUCAUGACGGAGAUACGGCGCUAAAACUGGCUAUGGACGAACACAAUUUUGCAUGCAUUGAUGAGCUUUUGCACUACGAGAUACACCUAAAGACAUCGAAGGGCUCCACACCUCUUCACUCGGCUGUUCGGCAAAAUCUUCUGGGCUACCUAUCUGUCUUGGUCAGAUACUGGAAGAGCACACCUGAUGGCCAGGGGCUGAGUGCUUUAGAUCUAGCGGCGCAGCUGGGGCAUGACGAAGCAGCAGAGUAUCUACUCAAGCACGGCUCCUUCACUCAUCAGGAGGCAGAGCACGCAAGUGAGGUUGCUAGAGGGGCAAAUCACUAUAUGCUUGCAAGGAGCAUAUUGUCUGUUGCAGCACAGUUCUGCGAUCAGUCGGCAACUGAGUCGCGGCGAGCAAUGGUGUCUCAUCAUCAAAGCAGUAGAAGUAUAGGCAAAUCGAUUACUGAAGACUCUGCACACGGACCUUCGCUUCCGCUCCCAAUCUCUGAUCGCUCCAGGUCCUUUAGACACUCAUAUCUUGAUAAGGACAAUACCGAAACCCUUGCAAGCACGCCAGAACUCUAUGCCUUUAACUGCCCACGAUGUAGGACCAUGUUUGAAUCUAUGGCUAAGCGGCUAAAAGAGACGACAGCUGAGUGUCGCAGGCUGAAAGAAGAGCUGUCUCGGAGACAUGCCAGCGACAAGGGGUCUUCAUCGACAAGUGCACUUGUGGAAAAGACGCCAGAUCCCAAGCCAAUAGGUCUUAAGACAACGCUAGCCGAGACAGCGCCCCCAGUAAGAGCCCCACAAAUGCCCUUUCUGUCGUUCGACACAGACAAUAAUGCUCCAGGAGAACCGAGUGGGAGCAGCUUCAGCAUAGCAAUUGGCCACGACAACCCCCAAUCGUCCAUCCUUGUUCCCCCGACCAUUACUCAUGGACUUGAUCGACAAAACAUUAGUGGCAGAGCUGAGUCCACAAACCAUAGCCUAAGGAGCAUUCGAGGCGGGGGACCUUCACUGCACAGUGUUGAGCGGAAUAAUCCUCUCCACACUCCAGAAUACUAUAACGCUACGAACCAGUCUCCAUCCUACCUGCAACGCAUUGCAGCAUUGCGUUCGCAAGCUUCAGCGACUCCGCUCCAAGUCCCUGAGCGUGCGGUUUCCCACAACUUAAAUCGUAAGGUGUCUCCUUUGACUCAGGAUAACUCCACAUAUAGCAUAUCGUCCCUCAGACCAUCAUCUUACGAGACUACUAGCCACUAA